GAGUCAGGCAGCCGCUUUGUAUGCCAAGCCCGAUCCGGGCGCGAGAUGGCUGACAGCUGCUGCUGCCGCCACAGGAUUUCCCAGUCGAGAUAGGCUUCCUCGAGACGGAGAGACUUACACACGGAAAGAUAAGAAAAUAGAUAUUCGUAGGACACCGAGGGUGACACAAACCAAGACCGUCAGAUUGCGGGGAGAAACGCGCCCUUCUCAACGCGCGCAGCACCAAUGAGAAGGCAGCAGCGCAGACUGUUAUCCAAUCAGAGAUGCCGACACCCAAAGAGGAAAUUAACUCCAACCAAUUGGAUGCGAGGAAAAGUACAGUGCUGCACCCGCCCCUGACCCCAAACGCCAGCCAAUCAGAUGUAACCUGCCCAGCCCCGUCCAAUCAGAACAAGUCUUGCCAAUGAGGCGGGCAGACAGACAGGAAGACGGACAGACGGACAGACACACAUAAAACCACGGCAACACACCUGGCGUCGUCACGGCUGACGUCAUGACAACGUGCACUCCCACCCUGGCGGGCGGGGCUUCCCUUACUGUUGCGGCUGCGACCGCCCUCUAUUGGCUGGCCCUCCUGUCACUCACGCGGUUCCCGGGGGCGACGGGCGACUGCUGGCUGAUCGAGGGGGAGAAGGGCUUUGUGUGGCUGGCCAUCUGCAGCCAGAACCAGCCUCCGUACGAGAGCAUCCCCCAGCACAUCAACAACACCAUCCUGGACCUGCGCCUCAACGAGAACAAGAUCCGCUCCGUGCUGUUCUCCGCCCUGGGGCGCUUCUCCAACCUCACCUACCUCAACCUCACCAAGAACGACGUGUCCUACAUCGAGGACGGGGCCUUCUCAGCCCAGUACAACCUGCAGGUGCUGCAGCUGGGCUUCAACAGGCUGAGGAACCUGACUGAGGGCAUGCUGCGGGGGCUGGGCAGGCUGCAGUACCUGUACCUGCAGGCCAACCUGAUCGAGAGCGUCAGCCCCAACACCUUCGAGGAGUGCCCCAACAUCGAGAACAUCGACCUCUCCAUGAACAGGAUCCAGCAGCUAGAUGGCGCUGUGUUUUCCAGCCUGUCCCGCCUGAGCACGUGCGAGCUGUACACCAACCCCUUCAACUGCUCCUGUGAGCUGCUGGGCUUCCUGCGCUGGCUAGCCCUGUUCCCCAACCGCACCAACGAGCGCAUGGCCUGCGACACGCCCUCUGGUUUCUACGGCUACCUCCUGGUCAGCCAGAACCCCCGGCAGCCCGCCUUCCGCAACGCUCUGCACGUGCUCAGUACGGUGUGUGAGGACAGCAGCGGCCCGCCGUACAUCUUAGACGCGACCACCCGGCCCCCCCGCCCCCCGUCCUGCGUACUGGACGACUGCUACUCCGGGGACCCGCCCCCUGUCCCCGAGGAGCCAAUCAGCAUCGGCCCCACCUCCCUGGACUCGGGGCCGGACAUGCGGGUGACACAGGUGACUCCCACCAGCGCGGUGCUCUCGGUCCGGAUCCCCCAGCCCUUCAGGAAGAAGUACACCCUGGUCCUGUACAACAACAGCUUCUCCACAGACAUCCAGAAGCUGCACAGCCAGCAGGAGGACGUGGAGCUGAGGGACCUGAAGCCACACACGCUCUACACCUACUGCGUGGUGUCGGUGCGGCACGCCCUGCGGCACAACCACACCUGCCUCACGCUCUCCGUGGGCGGCAAGGCCGGGCCCGGACCUGCCGCCACCCAGUCAUCAGCGACGCUGUACAUCAUGGGUAUUCUGGGAUGUCUGUUUGGCAUGGUGGUGGUCCUGGGCGUCGCCUGCCACUGUCUGAGGAGGCGGAGACAUCGCGAGGAGAAGCAGAGGAAGAUGGAGAGGAUCCAGCGCACGCUCAUAGAGCUGAAGUACGGAGGAGGGGGUGUGGGCGAGCUGGAGGGAGGCAGGGGCUCGCUCUCCCAGCUCUCCCAGAAACAGGGCCUCUCGGCUGGGGAAAGUCUGUCGCGCCUGCCCUACCUGGGAGGAGAGCUGGAACAGUACACCAUCCAGGAGAUCAUCGAGACCCCCAAGAACAAGGCCAGCUAUCUGGAGGUGCGAGGCGGAGGGGAGAGGGAGAGAGAGAGGGAAAGGGAGAGGGAAAGGGAGAGAGAGAGGGAGAGGGAGAGAGAGAGAGAGAGGGAGAGAGAGAGGGAGAGAGAGAGAGAGAGAGGGAUGUCUCCUCCCACUCAGGGGUCGGUAGCGGAGAUCUCGACCAUCGCCAAGGAGGUGGACAAGGUUAACCAGAUCAUCAACAACUGCAUCGACGCGCUCAAGUCCGAGUCCACUUCCUUCCAGGCCGCUACCGGGGGUGGGGCCAAACCCAGCGCCAUGGGAACCUCCUCCCCCGGCCGCGAGGCCCAGCUGAUGCUGAUCUCUGAACAACCCAGCAAAGCAGGGGGCGGGACAGGAAGCGGGGGAGGCGGCGGUUUCCUGUCCCCGGUGUAUAAAGGCGGGGCUUACCACCAUCCAAUCCAGCGGCACCACAGCAUGGAGGCUCCGCCCUCGAAGCGCCCCAGUGUCUCGUCCAGUGGGUCAGCCCGGAGCCCGCGGUCCUACCGGCCCCCAGGGGCCUCCACUCACGACCUACGGUACACAGACCAGACCUCCAGCCCAGCAGGGGGCGCCGGAGACCCAAUCCUCACCGUGACGCCAGCGGCGGCCAUCUUGCGUGCGGAAGCCCAGCGUCUCCGGCAGUACCACGAGCACCGGCACUCCUACCCUGGGCCCCUGGGGCUCUGCCCAGACCUCCCAGCCCUUCCCGACCUCCCGCCCCACCUCCAGGCCCUCUCCCUGGGCCGCGCGGAGCCCCCUUACCCCCCGCUUUCGCCUCACUACCAGAGCCUGAGUUCCAGCGCCGGCUCCAGCCCCGAAGCGUCCUGCGGGCCGGGCCGGGGCCUCUGGCAGCGCUUCAAGAUGCACCGGCGGAGGCACCGGCAGGAGGAGGAGUAUGUGGCGGCCGGACACGCCCUCCGCAGGAAGGUGCAGCUGGCCCAGGACGAGGACCUGCAUGACAUCCUGGAUUACUGGAAGGGGGUCUCCUCUCAGCAGAAGGCUUGAACUGGCGGGGGGCUAGGAUACACACUCUGAUACACACUCUGAUACACACUCUGAUACACACACUGAUACACACACUGAUACACACUCUGAUACACACUCUGAUACACACUCUGAUACACACACUGAUACACACACUGAUACACACACUCUGAUACACACACUGAUACACACUCUGAUACACACACUGAUACACACUCUGAUAUACACACUGAUACACACUCUGAUACACACUCUGAUACACACACUGAUACACACACACUCUGAUACACACACACUGAUACACACUCUGAUACACACACUGAUACACUCACUGAUACACACUCUGAUACACACUCUGAUACACACACUGAUACACACUCUGAUACACACACUGAUACACACUCUGAUAUACACACUGAUACACACUCUGAUACACACUCUGAUACACACACUGAUACACACACUGAUACACACACACUCUGAUACACACACAUUCUGAUACACACUCUGAUACACACUCUGAUACACACACUGAUACACACACAGAUACACACACACACUCUGAUACACACACAUUCUGAUACACACACUGAUACACAUUCUGAUACACACACUGAUACACACUCUGAUACACACACUGAUACACACACUGAUACACACACUGAUACACACUCUGAUACACACACUGAUACACACACUC